AUGCUUGAUAAUAGUAUCCUGGUGUUCGUCAGCGAUAAUAGUGGCCGUAGCGAUGACGUCAGAACACCGGCACUCAUAUGGAGUUCAUUGCUAACCAAAAGUGGUUACGUCUCGGACGCCAUCGUCGACGUCACGGAUCUGUUGCCAACAGUUUUGGAGGCCAUCGACGGCACCGACAGUUUGGCCGACGAGCGCGACAUUUAUGGUACGAACCGUCGGUCUCAAUGGAGCGCACUGUCCAACAACGACCGCCCGGUGCGACGGGAACUCAUCUAUAACCCAAAGAAAGACACAUUGAUGUCCUUCUGGUACAGGAGCCGAAGGUCAAAGAGGGCAGUCUUGUGCCUCGAAGCCUAUCAAACCAUCCAUUCCGAGCUUAACCCCCGCACAGCCAUCGCAGUCUAUAAGAAAACUCUUUGCGUUCAUCACAUGAUACAACUCUCAGACGAAUGCCACACCGUUGCCAUAACUUUUGUGUCGGCACACCAUCGCCCGCGCGCCACAGGAGAAGCCCACGAACAACAGGUCGCAUGUCUGGCGGUCACUUAA